AUGCCUAGACCCCCACCUUGUCCCUCUAAGACUGCCCGAUCCAUCGGGCAGCGUCUCAAUCAUGCCUGCCUCCACCUCACACCCUCCUUCUUCUCCCUCAACAUGGGCACCGGUAUCGCCUCGAUCCUGCUCUACAAUUUCCCCUACCCCGCCGAAUGGCUCCGCAUCCUCGGCAUCAUCGUCUUUGUCCUCAACGUACUGGUGUUUGCCCUACUGGCGGGCGGGAACCUGGCGCGGUACCUGCGAUUCAAGGGGCUGUUCAAGGCGACCGUGACUCACCCGGUUGCGGGUAUGUUUUGGGGAACAUUGCCGAUGGGCUUUGCUACCAUUGUUAAUAUGGUCGCGUAUGCGUGCGUGCCGGCCUGGGGAUUCCGAUGGGCCCAGCUCGCGCUUGGGCUUUGGUGGAUCAUGGCGCUGCUUUCUGUGCUGGUCAAUCUGGGGAUGCUGUUUGCCAUGUUCACUCGUCAAAAGCACACAUUCGAAAGCGUCGCAGCAGUCUGGCUGCUCCCAAUCGUCUCCUCGGUCGUCGCGGCCGCAUCGGGCGGGGUCGUCUCCGCGGCCAUUAUGCCCUUUUCACCCUCCCUCGCAUCGAGUACCCUCGUCGUCUCGUACAUCAUCUGGGGCACCGGCGUCCCCAUCGCAUGCUUCAUCAUCGCUCUCUGGCUAUAUCGUACCGUGAUCGGCGGCGUACCAGCGACAGCCGCCCUACCCAGCAUGUUCCUCCCUCUCGGACCAUGCGGGCAGGGAAGUUUCGGAAUCAUCCUCCUCGGUCGUACAGUCCGCGAGCUUGCCUACCAGCAUGAUGUCGGGCUCGCCACCCCAACCUCCUCUCCUUACGCCUCCACAUCGCUUCUCGGCGUCGCCGACGCCAUCUAUGCCGGUGGGCUCAUCACCGGCCUUGUUCUCUGGGGCCUGGGCCUUUGCUGGUACCUCCUCGCGCAUGCCGUCAUUAUCGACCAUGUCCUCCAACGACCCAAUCGGAACUUCUUCGCUCCUUCCCGCUUCUCGGUCGGUUUAUGGGCGUUCACCUUCCCCAUCGGUGUCUUUGCCACAGCUACCAAUAUCCUCGCGGUUGAGCUUGACUCGUCCGCCUUCAGGGUGAUUGGGGCGUUCUUGUCGGUCCAGGUGGUGGUUCACUGGCUGUACGUGUCGGCAUUGACGCUGUACAAGGUGGGGGAUGGGAGCAUCUUUGUGGCGCCCGAAGUGGCAGCGAUGGAGGGGAAGGUGUCGAGGCGGUUUGGGCCGCAGCGGGAGGAUCUUGAGAAGCAGUAG